CGGCGAGGGGGCGCCGGGCAGAGAGCCUGCCCUCCUUCUCCUGCUCCUCUCUUCCCUUGGCGCCUCCAUCCUCGCCGAGGGAUCGGAGGGCAAAGACGAAGCCAUGGCCGAGGUGCCCACCGUGGUGCGGAUCAAGAUCUCGCUCAAGAUCCAGCCCAACGACGGGCCCGUCUACUUCAAGGUGGACGGCCAGAGGUUCGGCCAGAACCGGACCAUCAAGCUGCUCACGGGGGCCAAGUACAAAGUCGAGGUGGCCAUUAAGCCCGGAGCCAUCCAGGCCACGACUAUGGGUAUAGGGGGAGUAACAUUCCCCCUGGAAGAGAAGUCAAGAGAGCCCCAAGCUGUUACCUACACCGGAAUCUACGAUACAGAAGGCGUAACUCACACUAAAAGUGGCGAGAGGCAGCCCAUACAAAUCAACAUACAGGUCACUGACAUCGGUGCUUUUGAAACAGUCUGGCAAGUCAAAUUCUACAACUACCACAAGCGAGACCAUUGCCAGUGGGGAAACAGCUUUGCCUGCAUUGAGUAUGAGUGCAAGCCGAAUGAGACCCGCAGCCUCAUGUGGAUCAACAAAGAAACCUUCUUCUGAAGCAAAGUGAGGCAGAUGCGAAAGAACAAUCUCUUGGUUGAAAGAACCUAUCCUCAGACCAGUACAAAGCCUUAACAGAGGCGCUCUGUAUAGAUGCUUUUGUUUGACAAAUGAGACUUCAAAGCACACACUCACUUGGGGAUAAGCUUAUUUUGAAAUUGAUGGGACUUGUUUCCAAGUGAAUGUGUUCCAGAUCAUGGGCGUAACAUCAAUGUUACUGGGAUUUUGACAUUUAUCCUCUUCCCCAAUCUGCCUGUUCCCACACCUUCGCUAUAAUGAACAUUGGAGGUGUGUCCACUGAGGUCUGAAGUAGGGUUGCCAUAUUUUGAAGAGCAAAAAAGGAGGACCCAUUUGCCAACUUCUGCUUUU